CGCUGACCCCCUGCCUUGCACCUCAACCACUACAACCCUCGCGCCUCCCAACCCAACAACUCGCUACUACAAUGUCCUCUCCUACUGCUGAAGCUCCUGUUGUCGCUCCUGAGGCUGAACAAGUCAUUGAGGAGAAGGCCUCUACCCGCCCUCGCACUGGCAGAGCCGCCAAAGACAAGAAGGAGACCACCACCAAGGCGAAGCCCGCCUCCAAGGCUACUGCCAAGAAGCCCGCCGCGAAGAAGGCUGCUGCUCCCAAGGGCGCUGCUGCUGAGCAUCCCUCCUGGAAGGAUAUCGUGAAGGAAUGUAUCGCUGCCAACCCUGAGGACUCCCGAUCUGGCGUGUCUCGUGCGACGAUCAAGAAGUUCGCAGAGGAGAAGUACAAGCUCGAGCAAAACGCCACCAACAAUUCCCACCUUGCGCGUGCCAUCUCUGGCGGUGCUGAGACUGGCUUGUUCAGUCUUCCCAAGGGCCUCUCUGGCAAGGUCAAGCUUGCGCCCAAGAAGUCGAAGGCUGAGACCGAGGCUAAGGAGAACACCAAGCCUCCCUCCAAGAAGGCUCCCGUCAAGGCCGCCGAGAAGAAGCCUGUCGAGAAGAAGGCUGUGAAGCCCAAGGCUGCCCCCGCAAAGAAAGCUGCACCAGCGAAGAAGCCUGCUGCUACCACCGCCGCGAAGAAGACACCUGCCACCAAGAAGACCUCGACAACAACGAAGAAGACCACCGCCACCGCCAAGAAGGCUGACGCACCCAAGAAGAAGACCACCUCUGCGAAGUCGACCGACAAGAAGGUGGCAGCGAAGGCGGCAGCUACCAAGGCAUCGAAGCCAAAGGCUGCGCCGAAGGCGAAGGUGACGAAGAAACCUGCAUCCAAGAAGGCUGCUGCAUGAGACCUCUAUCGUGCUCACUUUCUCUUGGAUUUCAUCGUCUCUUCCUCUCCUGCAUGGCCUACGGUUUCGCUUACAUUAUAAGAUUAUUGUCUUCCCUCUUCAUCUCUAGCUUUGUGUUCAUAUCCUUUUCUAUAUCUUCGCCCUACCCCCUUUUGUCCCAGUUUCCAUUUUCUUUCCAGUUUCUCGAUUUGCCGUGAUCACACAUCUGUCCUCUGUAUAUCAUCUUACCCAUACGUGUACGCUCGAGGUUGUUGGCGAAUGACGAUAGGCGGAUGAAUCUCGAAACAUC